AUGGAACACGUCUCCUGUUUGACAGAUCAACCUGGGAAGGCAGCUGUUUGCAACGUGUUUUGGGAUGGGCUCAGGGGCUCGGGCGUUGUUGGAGUGGCAGUAUAUGUGUUUAAGUUCAUGUGUCAGUGGAAUCAUUUCCGUAUAUCAGUGGAAUCUUUGACCUUCAAGGACGUGUCAGUAGAUUUCUCUUGGGAUGAAUGUAAAUGCCUGGACCCAGCUCAGAGGAAAUUGUAUUCAGAUGUAAUGCUGGAGAAUUACAGCAACCUGGUCUCCCUGGGUCUUGAUGUUUCUAAGCCAGUCCUGGUCACAUUUUUGGAAGAAAUGAGGGAGCGCUGCAAUGUUUGCAUGAAAAAGGCAAUAUCUGAUCCUCCAGGGAAACCUUCCCUUGUGCUCUGGGAGCACUCCACCACUGCAACCAAGGGAUUUGCACAGGCCACUGGCUCUUACCUGUACAGUGCCAGUGGUUGCACAGUGCCACCUAAGGAGAAAGCCCGGAAAAGUAACAUUCAGAUCGCUCUUGCUGCUGAGUCCUAUGAAAGAGUAGCUCAGUGUUCUGAUUUUGCUGCAAAGCACUUCCUAGUUGUAGCACCUGGUGUCAUAGAUAAAGGUUAUGUAAAAAAUAUUGGUGUUGUACUGUUCAAUUUUGGCAGGAACUUUGAAAAUAAAAAGGGUGACUGCAUUGCACAGCACAUUUGGGAAUGGGUUUCUUAUACAGAAAUAGGGGAAGUUCAAGGUUUGGAUGACACUGAAUGGGGUUGCGGAGAUUUUGGUUCCACUGGAAAGAAUUGAAAUGUAUGCUGAGAACAAAGUAUGA